AUGUUCUUUCAACACCUUCUUCUAUUGAUUAUAUUUGAUUUUUUUCAACAAUCUAUUGUCGCUAUUUCUAUUACUACUAGUACAUGGAAUUGUUCAAUUAUCGAUAGAGAACCAUUUUCUUUAUUCUAUCGUAAUCGUAAAACGAGUGGUAAUGAUAACGAAUAUUUACAAGAUCAAUGUCAAAUAACAAUUGAUUAUGAUAGUGAUGAAUGGAAUAGAUGUCAUAUAUCGUGGACAAAUAUUAAUAGAAAAUCAAUUAAUUUAAAUCAAAUAAUAGCAAAUUUAAUUCAAACAACAAAUAUAAAACUAAAACGAAUCAUAACAAUUAAACUCGUUUCAUGUUCAAUAGACAAUGUCGAUGAUCUAUUGAAAACAAAUAAAAGAAAUUAUAUAAGAAAUCUAAUAUCAACAAUUGAAUAUCUCGAUUUAACAUACAAUAAUAUUAGAAAAUUACCAUCGUUAGCAUCAUUUCCACGCUUAAAAUAUCUUUGUCUGGAUUAUAAUGAGAUUGAACAAGAUAAUUUGAAUGAGAGUAGAAAUAUUAACAAUGAUUUAAUUGGUCUCAGUUUACGUGGAAACAAAAAUUUAAUAUUAAACAAUAGUCUAUUUUUUAGUUCAUAUUUAAAAUUAACAAUGUUAGAUCUUAGUAAUUGUAAUUUAAAAAUAUUACCAAAAACAUUAUUUCAAAAUUUAACAACAUUAAAUUAUCUAUCGUUAACAAAUAAUUUUCUUAAUCAAUUACCAUAUUUACCAGAUAAAUUAGACUAUCUUGAUCUUUCAUAUAAUCAAUUCAUUUAUCUUAAUGAAAAAAUUUUAAAAUUAAAUAAUUUACAUACACUUCAUUUAAAAUAUAAUCAAAUACGUUCAUUAGAAUUUCUUAAAUAUUAUUAUCAAUAUGAUGAUGAUGAACAUAUUAACAAUACAAUUGAUCAAGAUAAUUAUAUCUAUUCACAAUAUUUACGUCUAUCAUUACGUGGUAAUCCUUUACUAUGUGAUUGUUGGAUGACAAAAUUUUAUGAUAAUUAUUAUGGUGGUGGUGGUAGUGAAAUAGACAAUAAUCAUCAAAUAAUUAUAAACGAUUUAGAAAUAUUAAAAUGUCAAUUAAUUUUACCUUAUAAUAAUAACAAUACACCAUCAACAUUUAUCUAUAAAUCAUUUUCUGAAUUAGAAAAAUCAGAUCUUUUAUGUUCAUAUGAACAAUAUUGUUUUACCGAUUGUUCAUGUUGUGAUUUUGUUGCAUGUGAUUGUAAUAAUAUUUGUCCAAAUGAUUGUUCAUGUUAUCAUAAUAUAAAUUGGACAAGAAAUAUUGUUAAUUGUUCAUUAGCAAAUUUAACUGAUAUACCACAAUUAUUACCAGAAAAAGUAACAGAAUUAUCUUAUGAAUCAAAUAAUAUUCAAAAUAUUAAAUCAUAUAUAUUUGUGGGAAAAACAUCAUUGGUAUCAUUAAAUUUAGCUCAUAAUAAUUUAACUUAUUUAGAUAAUGAUACAUUUUGUACUGUACCUAAUUUAGAAUAUCUUGAUUUAACUUAUAAUCCAAUUAUAUUAGAUAAUUUUGAUAUAUUUAUGUGUUUGGAACGUUUACAUGUUAUUAUAUUAUCAAAUGAACAAUUAAAAAAUAAAACAAAUAUUUUAUUACCAUAUUCAUGGAAUAUUUAUUCGAAAAAUCAAAAUUUAAAUUUAUUUAGAAUAUCAUCAAAUAUUACAACAUUGUCUAAACGACUUAUUUCAUUAUAUAAUUUUACAAAUCAACAACAAACAAAUAAUAAUGUUAAACGAGAACAUACAGCUAAUAAAGGAAUACUGACAACAAGUACGAUGAUGAGUUAUCUAUUAUCAUCAUCCAUAAGUCCAAAUUUAACUUCAAUGUCCGAUUUUCAAUCUAUUUCUCAACAGUUUUUAUUUAAAAAUUACCAUUCUCCAUUGCCACAACUAUUUGAUUCUACAAAAUGUUCAGAUAUUCUAUCAACAAUGUCAUCGACAAAUUUAAUUUCGUUCGCUCAUCAAAAUCAAACAAUAUUUUUAAUUUUACUUUUGUUAUUAAUUCUAAUUAUGUCUUGUUUAAUCAUUCUUCUAUUAUUAUCAUAUUGUAGACGAAAAAAAUUAAAUAUGAAACGUCGUCAUUUAAAUAUUGAAUUACGCUCUGAUCAUCCUAUCCAUCAUCUCUCUCAAACGGCUGACAUUCGAAUGUAUAACAAAUAUUAUAAAAAAAUAAAUCAAAAUCAACAUCAGGAUAGUUUGUACGAACAAUUACCAUCAUCUUCAUCAGAUAAUAGUGAACAACAAUUUUUGUCAUCAAAAAAUACUUAUGAAAAGUAUGAAACACCUCCGUCAUGUUGUAAUUAUCAUCGACAGAUUUGUAAACCUACUCUUCCAUUGUCUUGUAGUCAUCAUGAAUACCAGUAUGCCUCUUAUGAACAAGAUGCCAUCUCCUCGACACAACCGAACAGUACUCAUCAUCACUAUCCUCAUCAACAACAACAACAGUGUGCCAUUUUACUAUGGGCAAAUCGUUUAUUUUAUACGGCUGAUCAUCGAACACAUCGAAAUUGUAUUGAUUAUCAUCAAUCCUGUCCAAGUGAAUUACAUCAUUUGCAAGCGUGUCUUUUAAACAAUAAUAAUACAAAAAAAUUAGAUUCAUUGAACAGGACAAAAACCAGCAGUGUUCCGAAAUAUUGUAAUGACCAUUUAUCUCGAAAACAAGUCAUACAAUCACAUAUUUAUAGAUAA